CCUUUCCUUUAACACGGAAGUUGCGGUUCAAGUGCUGGGAACUGCAAUCUAAAACACGAAAGGGAUCCGCUCUCAGUAAAUAAUUGUUCUUUAAGGGUGUCUUGUAAAUGAUGCACAUUCUCCAUCCUGAAAAUGCAUAGUACUUUGAAAAACUGGAAGAAGACGUUUGCAGAUUUUGCACCGGAUAUAGAGUUGACCUGUGGGGUAGUGAUUGUGAUCGUGCUGUCAUGUGUUUUUACUGUCAUCCCAUAUUACUUAGAUAUUUCAGAGCACUUUUUCAGUCUGGAGUUCAGUGCUGUCAUCAGCGGCCAUGUCUACAAACUCUUCACCUAUUUCCUCUACCACAAGAAUAUGACGCUUUUGUUCCUAAGUGCCGUCCUGAUGGCGUUUCCCUGUAGCGGGCUGGAGCGAGGAAUCGGAACGGUCAGAUUCCUCUACCGGUCACUGCUGCUGUCGUCCAUCUGUGGACUCCUACAUGUGCUGCUGGAGUCACUGCUGUUCUCCCCGUCCAGUAGGAGCUCAGUAAAUGGGCUCGUCCCAUUAGCCCUGUCUGUCCUGGGAAUGAUGACCAUCAAUUCUGUUAUGCGGAAGGCGUAUAUUAUGGGCGUCAGUGUGCCUACUGCAUCUCUCCCCUGGAUUAUUCUAAUAAUUCUAACCCUGUUCUUUCCAAACACUUUUUUCCUUUGCAACGUCCUGGCCAUCGUUACAGGAAUGUUACAUGGAGUAGGAUGGUUUUCGUUAUUAGAGAUGUCAGAAUCUAGAGCUUCCGUCUUGGAGAAGAAGUUCCCUUUUCGCUUGCUAAAGCAUAUACCUGGUGUCCAGUUCAUUCCUGCAUCGACCGAAGAGCGCAAAAAGCCACUUGACCUCACAGAUGCUCCACCAGGGUCGUACCCUGUCCAGGCCUACGCUCCAGUAAAUGCCACCAAUGGUCAAGUUAUAGGAAGCCUGCCCAACACAGUCGAUGGUUGGCCCGUCUCACUGUAUCCUCAACAGCAAUACACAUUUACUUCACCUUACGCUGGAGUCGGCAUUGGUCACAAUCAUGGACAUGGACACGGCCAUGGUCAUCAUCAUGGUCACAGCCAUCACACCGGCAGCCCGUGGAUGCCAAUGUCCCCAUAUGCUCAGCAUCAGUUCAGGCCUCCAGUCAACCUGACAGGUCAGCCCUUCACUAAACUACCUCAGCCAGGAGUGCCAUUCACACCUCUGAUCUCACAGUCAGAGACUGGAGUGCCUGCCUUUCUCACAACUCCUCCUGGAGCCCCUGUGUCAUUGUCAUCCUAGAGAUUUGAUGCCUUAUCUGCAGGUUUUUUUGUUUGUUCGUUCUUCUGAUACCUAAUGUCUUGUUCCUAGAAUUCAAACGGCUCCAGAUGUGCAGUGAUGUUUAACUUGUUUUUAAUAUUAUACAGUUGCUGUUUUGCUUAAGAACAUUUUGUACCUUCAAUUAAAAACUGAUUCAUUUUUUAACAAAUUCUUUGUCCAUUUUAUACACUGCAGUAUUUUUUAAACAUGUCCAUACAAACACAUUUUGAGGCGAGACAGUGUUUGUGCAUAUUCUUUCAUCGUCAAACAUUGCAUGACUUGGAUCACAAUUUUGCACAAAACAUCUGAUAUCACAAUGACACUUCUCUUCCCAAGCAGUAUUAAUGCAUUAAGUUUUAAAAUUACACAAAUGCAAGCUGUCUUGUUUUAAAACCACCAUACUGGGCUAUGCAGUUGCAGCUUUGGCUCACUAGGGGGAUGAAUUGAGGAGUCAAUUCUAUAAUCUUAAGUAGAAAUCAGUGGAAAAGGCAUACCAGUCAAGAAAAGCUUAAGAAAAUAAGAGAAGAACUUACUUUUCUUGUCAUAAAUGCACCUUUUAAAAUGUUAGGAAAAUACACAUUUCUGUGAUAAUUAACACUUGACCAUUUGCUAAAAUGUUAAAAAAAUUGACAAAACAGAAUGUAACACUUCACCAAAAGAUGGGAGUCAUGUUGAUUGCAUAAUUGCUCAUUCACUGCUACUUAACAUUAGUGUGAAAUAAUGCAUAAAAAGAGUGGCAGAACAUCUUGAAACAACAGGAAAUAAGAAUGAACACAAACAUCACAUGAUCAAAAAAAAAAAAAAAACACAACUGACCUAAAAUGUUAAUUUCCUGUAAGACAUUGUAGGAUGUUUUGAUACACAAUAUCACAAAAACAAACUCUAAAGUUUUACAGUACGUCACAAAGUGAUACUUGCAGUCUU